UCUCAGUACAGCUUGCGGAAGCCUCCCGAACAAAACGCGCUGACAGGGGAUUGGCUGCGGGCAGCGCCAAUCCGACGUCCCUUCGGAGAAGGCGGGACUAGAUGCCGCGCGUCCGGUGCCCGCCCCGCCGCGCGCGCGCGUUGCUAGUGAGUCAGGGUCGGGCGACGCUGAGCUCAGCGGGGCUGCGGGCGGGACGCUGGUUUGUCGCCGCGAGUGGAUGGAUAUUGCGCAACUCGCGCGAGCGCGAAGCUACUCUGCUAAAAGCUAGAAUGAAACAGUUGCCUGCAGCUACAGUGCGCCUCCUUUCAAGUUCUCAGAUAAUCACUUCAGUGGUCAGUGUUGUAAAAGAGCUCAUUGAAAACUCCUUGGAUGCUGGUGCUACAAGCAUAGAUGUUAAACUGGAGAACUAUGGAUUUGAUAAAAUUGAGGUGCGAGACAAUGGUGAGGGUGUCAAGGCCGUUGAUGCACCUGUAAUGGCAAUGAAGUACUAUACCUCAAAAAUAAAUAGUCAUGAAGAUCUUGAAAAUUUGACAACUUAUGGUUUUCGUGGAGAAGCCUUGGGGUCAAUUUGUUGUGUAGCAGAGUUUUUUUCCCUCCAGGUUUUAAUUACAACAAGGACAGCUGCUGAUAAUUUUAGCACCCAGUAUGUUUUAGAUGGCAGUGGCCACAUAAUUUCUCAAAAACCCUCACAUCUUGGUCAAGGUACAACUGUUACUGCUUUAAGAUUAUUUAAGAACCUACCUGUAAGAAAGCAAUUUUAUUCAACUGCUAAAAAAUGUAAAGAUGAAAUAAAAAAAGUCCAAGAUCUCCUCAUAAGCUAUGGUAUUCUUAAACCUGACUUAAGGAUUAUUUUUAUACAUAACAAGGCAGUUAUUUGGCAGAAAACCAGAGUAUCAGAUCACAAGAUGGCUCUUAUGUCUGUUCUGGGAACUGCCAUUAUGGGCAAUAUGGAAUCCUUUCAGCACCACUCUGAAGAGUCUGAGAUUUAUCUCAGUGGAUUUCUUCCAAAGCAUGAUGCAGACCACUCUCUCACCAGUCUUUCAACUCCAGAAAGGAGUUUCAUCUUUAUAAAUAAUCGACCAGUACAUCAAAAAGACAUAUUAAAGUUAAUUCGGCAUUAUUACAAUCUGAAGUGCCUAAAGGAAUCCACUCGUUUGUAUCCCAUUUUUUUUCUAAAAAUUGAUGUGCCUACAGCUGAUGUCGAUGUAAAUUUAACACCAGAUAAAAGUCAAGUAUUGCUACAGAAUAAGGAAUCUGUUUUGAUUGCUCUUGAAAACCUGAUGACGGCUUGUUAUGGACCACUGCUUAGUACAAAUUCUUGUGAAAAUAACAAAACAGAUGUUUCCUCAGCUGGCACGGUUGUUAAUAGAACAGCACAAGCAGAUGCACUUUUUAAUGAAACAGAAUCAUCUGGAAAUAAUUAUCCAAAUGUUGAUACUUCAGCCAUUCCUUCCCAAAAUGAAGUACAGAAUGAUCAAUCUGAAAAAAACACUAGUAAUUGUUUAAAUCAUCAGUUAUGUGUUGGUGAUCAUUGUGAUCGUCAUUUCAGCAGUGAAAAUUCUAGUAUUGAUAAGGACAGUAGAAAUACAUUUCCAGAGAUCCCAGUGAAUAGUUUAUCAUGUGAAGAUGCCCAAAAUGAAUGUCAUGAAACUUGUUUUGUAGGUUCUAUUAAGCAUAUCCAAUCGGAAAAUGGCGAUAAAGGCCAUAGAAAUGAGAGUGGGGAAAACAAGGAAGCAGCAGUCCUUGAGACAUCUUUAGAAAUUUGUGCAGAUGACUGGAGCAAGGGAAAUGUACUUAAAAAUUCAAUGGGAACAAACAUUGAACCUGUGAAAAUUUUAGUGCCACAGGAAAGUUUAGCAUGUAGUAAUAAUCCCAGCCCUGAAUCAAAGAAUCUCAGUGAAGGUACCUGUAACAAAAAGUCAAAUGUGGUUGAUAACAAAUCUGGACAGCUUACAGCUUAUGAUUUAAUUAGCAAUCGUGUAAUCAAGAAACCCAUGUCAGCAAGUGCUCUUUUUAUUCAAGAUUAUCGUGCUCGGUUUCUCACAGAAAAUUCUAAGACUAAUUUGAAGGAUGCAGCAGUACAAAUUGAAGAACUGUGGAAGACAUUGAGUGAACAGGAAAAACUGAAAUACGAAGAGAAGGCUGCUAAGGACUUGGAGCGAUACAAUAGGCAAAUGAAGAGAGCCACUGAACAGGAGUCACAAAUAUCAUUAAAAGAUGGCGGGAAAAAGACAAAACCCAUCAGUGUGUGGCAUUUGGCCCAGAAGGACAAGUUGAAAACUUCAUUAUCUCAUCAGCCAAAACUUGAUGUGCUCUUUCAGUCCCAAAUUGAAAAAAAAAAGACCCAAAGUAUUAAAGUAGUACAGGUUCCCUUUUCUAUGAAAAACUUGAAAAUUAAUUUUGAGAAGCAUAAGAAGUUUGACUUAGAAGAGAAGGAUGAACUUUGCUUGAUCCACAAUCUUAAGUUUCCUGAUGCCUGGCUAAUUGCAUCCAAAAAAGAGGUAAUGUUAUUAAAUCCAUAUAGAAUGGAAGAAGCCCUGCUGUUUAAAAGACUUCUUGAGAAUCAUAAACUUCCUGCAGAGCCACUGGAAAAUCCAAUUAUACUAACAGAGAGUCUUUUUGGUGGAUCUCAUUAUUUAGAGGUUUUAUGUAAAAUGACAACAGAUGACCAAGGAUACAGUGGAUCAACCUACCUGUCUGAUCCUCGUCUUACAGCAAAUGGUUUCAAGAUAAAAUUAAUACCAGGAGUUUCCAUUGCUGAAAACUACUUAGAAAUAGAAGGAAUGGCUAAUUGUCUUCCAUUCUAUGGAGUAAUGGAUUUAAAAGAAAUUCUGAAUGCUAUAUUAAACAAAAAUGCAAAGGAAGUUUACGAAUGUAGACCUCGAAAAGUGAUAAGUUAUCUAGAGGGAGAAGCAGUGCGUCUGUCUAGACAGCUACCCAUGUACUUAUCGAAAGAGGACAUCCUAGACAUUGUCCACAGAAUAAAGCACCAACUUGGAAGUGAAAUUAAAGGGUGUGUUCAUGGUCGCCCGUUUUUUCAUCAUUUAACUCAUCUUCCAGAAACUGAUUAACUAUGUUGAAGAAAAUUAGUUGAAAUUGCUUCAGUCAUAAGACAUUUUUGUCAUUUAAACCAUCUUUUGUAUCAUCAUGUGUUAAAGUUUAUUUUAUAAAUGAAGGUUCACUGGCUUGUUGGUGUAAUGAAAAUUUUUUUUCAAAAAUUGUAGAAAAAUUAAAUAAACUAGUAUAGACUAUUAAUUCAGUUGAUUCUCACAAACCAGCCUUGUAAUAAUUAUCAGUUGCAGACUCCAAAUUGGAAAAUAUAUAGUAUUCUUGUGUGGUUGAUUUACUAGGUCAGCUUGGUUCAGGAGAAAUCACACAUCACACCAACAGACUCAACAGGCAUAUCUAGCAGAAAUUGUCAAUCUUGUUUAAAGUAGAAUAAAGAAGUAGGAGAAAGGGAAAAAAUUAAGUUUAGAGGAAUAAGAGAAUAUCGCUUCAGCAAUCUUGCCAUCUCCAUCUUGGGAGUAACAGCUUAUAUGUUGUUGUUGUCUCAGUAUAAUUAAUGUGCUUUGAGGUCAAAAUUUGUUAGAGAACAUGGGAAGAUCUAGGUUUUUAACAGGAAAUUUAGGUUAUGAUUGUUCAUCACACAUGAGGCCUUUCAAAACAAGUCCCAUAGUCACAGGAUGCUUAAUUUACAAAAAGUUGAAACAGGAGUUUUAAUGAUAUGUUUGUUGUGUAAAGUAUGUUAUACUGGAUACUGCUGUCUCCGCCACACUCAUACCACCCUCCCUUAAUCCUCAAGGAGAAUAUUUAAAUUCUUAAGAUCUUUGUGUUAUGAGUUACAAAUUAUGAUAUCUGGAACUCUACUUGUAGCCUGGCCUUUUCUCCUGUCAAUAGUGCCGUUUCUUGUGACCCAAAUACUGUUUUUUCCCCCAUUACUGCUUUUAUAAAUUCAGGGCCCCUUUCUGGGAGAAAUCCUUUUAAUUAGCUGGGUAAAUUGAGAGAAGAGAAACUCAUAGGGAGACAGAAGAUGAUGAAAUUUGCACCAGCCCUAAGCAAAAUUUUAGACUCAUUUUCUAGCUGAUAUAGUGUGUUGGGUGGUGCAAAUGGUCAAGGAGCUCAGCUACUAACUGAAAGGUUCGAACACGCAGAGUUGUCUUUGAAAAAAGGCCUUUGACGAAAAACCCUAUGGAGCACAGUUCUACUCUGAUGCACGUGGGGUCGCCAUGAGGUAGAGUUGAUGAGAUAGCAACUUUUUUUCAUUUUGUUCUCAUUUUCUUUUUAGUCCUGAAUUCUAUCAAAUUAGGUUAGUGGUGAUGACAGAAGUAUUUACCAUGGAUUUGCUAGAUAGCAAGCACUCAACCCUGAAUACUCUCACCUAGUCUUCACAACAAAUUUAGGAUCGUAAAUACUACUUAGACUAAUCCCAGAGUUCAUGUACGCAAGCACCGUUAUAUAUAGCCUGUAGCGAAAUAUAGUCGUAUGAGUCAUUUGGGUCAAUAAAGUAUAUGUGUUUCGGGGAAAAAGAAAAGUAUAAAACUCCGUGAUGCCACUUGAACAGCAGGUUUCUUUAACCUUGGGCUGCAAAAUUUUUCAAAAGGAGUCUGGAGUCUUGGAGGUGGGUGGAUUAAUUGCUUUUCCUCCUGGGGCCUUUGGCACAGGAGGGGGCCUCAAGCCUCUCCUGGGCUCUGCUUCCUGCUGGUGAGGACCCCCUCCCCUCCUCCACAGCCUCCUUAGCCACACCCCUGUCCACACACAAAAGCAGUCACCCUUGCAGCAGCAGCGCCGGAGGACAAAAUGACCGUAGUAGGCGUCAGUGACAGGAUGGAGGUAAAGGCUGCCGCAGGCUGGGAGGGCAAGGCAGGGACAUCUGAGGGAAAGGAAAGCCCGACCUGGAAACGCUCAUUUUUAGCUAAGUAGGGUUGCUCCACACUGGGCUGGGUGUAUUAGAGGCCCACUUAAAGGUGGGAAGCCCCAAAGGGCCCUUGAGACCCAAGGGUGUUUGCCUAGGAUUUCAGCCUUGUCUAUACUUCAGGGGAGUCCCAAAGCCAUGCAGAGUGAGGCCUGCAGCCCCAUCUCAAACUGAACUCUUGUGGAAUGGUAGCCAUGCUUGGCAGCAGUGCCUGUGAGGUUUCAGAAAUUUAACGUACUGGAAAAUGUUGGGUCUGAAAUCAGAUGGAUAAGUAUCUGUUGUUGUUUUCCUUGGGCAUCUGACUCUCUGUUUUCAUCCCGAUUUUGUGGCUCUCGUUGGAGGGAUUUUUUUGAGUUGGAGGGAUUGCAAUCCAUCCCAUCGUGGCCUGCAUUUUAUAACUAAGAUAAAAAUCUGACCCAUUUUUCCCUCUCCAACCAUAUGACUUAUCUCUUUUAUUUAUUUAUUUUUCUUUUUGCAAGCUUCUUAAGUCUUUUUUGGAAGGGGGACAGGAGCUGCUAAGUAAACUUGGAUUAGGGUCUAAGUUGAAAAUAAAAGAUGCGUUAACUCUUCCACAGCACGUCUUGGAAGUAAUAUGUAUGGCUGGAGUGCCCAAAUGUUGACACACUAACUUAAAAGCCAAAGUUGUCGAGCAACUAAAAUUUCCAUAAUAAAAAUUAAGUAUUUAAAUGAACUUGACUUGUUCUUGGAGCAUUCUGGAUUGAUCGGACAAACCAAUAUUCAUGGAUUCAUAAUUGCUAGAAUCUUCGAAGGUUCUAAUUAACAGAUGAGAAUUAGAAGCUCAUAGCGAUUGAGUGAUUUGGCUGAGUGCACAGAGCUAAUCUAGUACUCAUACUAAUUCCACUUCAAAUAUUGAUAUUACUAUAAAUAAAACCAAGUACUGAAAAAAAAAAGAUUACUAAGUAGUAAAGUUAAAAUUUUUUUAAAUGACUUGAAAUUGUCAACUACUUAAGCUUAUGUUAAACUACAUAAGCAUGAAUAAUCAAAAGUUAACUGUUACCUUAUUCUAGAUCUCUUGGUUGAUCUCAGCUAAACUUUAACACUUUACUCUUCAAUGUGUUUUUCAUUGUUUCCUGUAAUACUAGCAACACACUAUUUGAAUUUUACCACCACUCCCUUGAGUUGUCAUCUCUGCUUACUUGAUAUUUGACCACACUUUUCUUCCUCCUUAAAGCAAUACAGAUUAACGUAAAGAUCCUUGCUCUAGGUUUUAAAACCAUAUCCCAGUGAUUAUCAAAUUUGAGUAGGCAUCAGAAUCACCUGGAAGGUUUGUUAAAACAGAUUGCCAGGUGCUGUGCCCAGAGUUACUAAUUGAAUAGAUCUGGGAUAGGAACCCAAAAUUUGCAUUUCUGUUUCUAAGUUCUUAGGUGAUGUUGAUGCUACUGGCUGGGAACCACAGCUGGAGAACAAUUGCCUGUCCUAUAUCAGAGUGACAAUCUCAAGUCCAUUUUUUCUAACCGAUAUUUUUUCUUACUGAUUCUUAUUAAAAUCUACCAUGUCAGUAAACAAAAAACACAAAACUAGGACUUAGAAGACUUCAUACUGGCUGUGCUAUUAAAACCUCCAUUUCUUCAUAUCUGAAAUGAAGAUGCCGAAUUGAUCUCCAAGGGCCCAAUCAUUUGUAAAAUCCCGUUAUUUUGUUUCUGCCUAUUUUGUCUUAAAUAUUCCAUAGCAUGAGCUGGUACGCCCUCUUUUCAGUUAAUUUUGCAUUACUAAUGACUACAUUUAAAUGCCUCUGAACUAGUCCACUUUUUCAAAAAAGUCUUUGAACUAUCAGAGAAAAAGAUCUUUUUCCACCCUACUCAAGUUGGACUCGAAAUCACUGCGCCACACUCCCUGAUCUCCAUUUCAGUUGUGUAUUCAUUUCUUUAUUUGAUGAAUUAUUGAGUGCCACACUCAGUGCUAAAUACAAAGUGAAGACUCUCCUUACUCUCUAGAGUUUCUAAGAGGAGAUGAACUAUUACAGUGAGUGUUAUAAGGAUAUGUAGUAUGUACUAGGGAAGCAUAAAGGAGACAUCCAUUCCCAGCUUAGGGAAACCUAUGGAAGGACCAGUGAGCUGAAUCUAAAGUUGAUAUGUAGUUAUCCAGGAGAAGAAAGAAAAGUCAGGCAGGGGAAACAGCAUAUGUCAACGCGUUUGUGAUUGCAAGGAGUUCUGCAUUACUGGACCUUGAGUAAAUGGAGAUUGGAAUGAUAGGCAGUACCUUGAUCUCAUAGAUCUUUACUGAUUUGGGAUUUUUAUCUCAAGGACAGUAGGAAGCGAUUAAAAUUUCCAAGCAGGGAACUGAUCAAUAAGGUUUAGAACACUUUAGCCAAGUUAUGAAAGCACAUAGAGCAAGUUAUCAAGCUACUUGAAGAUUCAAACAAUUUAAAUGAUUUAAGCAAAAAGAGAGAAAAGCUCUAUGGUAACAAAUAGAGAAAAUUAGUUUGGUAGUUACUGAGGCCCUCAUGGCUUUGCAGGGUUUUCUGUUUAGAUUCUCUGGAAUGGUGCCAUGGUAGAACUGAAGUGCAAAAGAGCUCUCUCCCAUUUUGGCUAACUUACAACAUGAUGGCUGAUAGAAUAGAGUCUCAUUUGCCUUUCCUUUCUACACUGGAGUCAGUAUGAUUUCAACUAAUCCUUUUGAGUUUCAUAUAGAAUACGAAUACCAUACAACAUCUUUGUAUUAUUAUUAUAUCAGGUAUUUAAAUUUUAAUCUAGGCUUGUAUCUGGGGCCUUUUAGAAACCAGUCUGAAGUUUGUAAUUGUUCCUUUAAAUGAAAAACAAUUUUUGUAAAGAACUUAAAUAUUAAGAUAUAUUUUGAAAGUAACAUAUCUAGAUGCUUAAUAAAGUAAUGGCUGGCAACAAAAUUAUUGUUAAUGUUGAACUUGAUUUUUAAGAGUUUUCUCAGGUAUUUUAAUUAUGUUUUAUAAUUUAGAUCAUAGAAAUGAGUGACAAGAAGAAAGGCAAAUUGUUAAUGGAUUGAACAUAUUUUUGGAAGAAAAUGGUACAUUUUCACAAGUUAGUUUACUAUUUCUUUUAAAAGGACUUUUUUUUAAUUUUGCUUUCACUUUAUCUAGAGACGUUUGUAAAUGACAGCAGGUUAACUUUCAAGACUGUUGUAAUCCUGCUAAUAAUAAUUUUAAGUAAUCUGUUAAUCAUAAUAGUGAAAAAAAAUUUGUCUCUGUAUGUGAACUGCAAAUGUAUGUAAAGUAUAUACUCUAAGUUCUUUGCACUUUUUUGUCUUUACUCUUGUUUCCUUAGUCAUAGAAAAGGCUGUUUUAAAAUAAAUGCUUUCCCGCAUAUAUACUCAUGAUCCUUGAUGCCCCAGAUAAAAACAAGAUUUCCCACCCACACAUGCAGUUUUUAAAUCAUCAAAGAUUUUAUAGAAGCAAGAAGGUUUUGACUAUUUGGCCCAUUAAAAAAAAAAAAAAAGUACAAUCCUUUCCUGCCCCACAGUUGAAAGAAGAGUAUUUCAUGUUUUCUAGGUUUCUUCAGAUGACAAGUUUGAGGAUACUCUUGUGUAUACUAGUAAAUGAAAAAAAAAAACCAAACCGCCGCCAUCAAGUUGAUUCCAACUCAUAGUGACCCUAUAGGACAGGGUAGAACUGCCCCAUAUGGUUUCCAAGGAGUGCCUGGUGGAUUCGACUGCCCACCUUUUGAUUAGCAGCUAUAGCUCUUAACCACUACACCACCAGGGUUUCCACUAGUAUAUGAGUAUGGUCUAAUUGAAUGCCAGGAGACUGAUAAGCAUGUCAAAAUUUGAGAAGUGAUAUGAGUAUGGUCUAAUUUAGCACUUCUCAAAUUUUAACAUGCUUAUCAAUCUCCUAGCAUUCAAUCUUCUGAAUACGUGUUCUGAUUCAGCAGGGUUGGGAUAGGGCCUAAUCUCCAUUUCUGGCAAGUUCCUAGGUAAUGCUAAUGCCACUGGUUCAGGGACCACAUUUGGGUUAACAAGAGUGUAGAGAUAGUUUUUUUUUUUUUUUUUAAUGCAAACAUAUACAGAAAACCACAUAAUUAGAUUUAUGAGUCUAUUUUAUGCCAUCUCUUUGAAUUUAGGCUGACCCAAACCCAAACCCACUGCUGUUGAGUCGAUUCCGACUAGGCUAAGGCUAGCACAUGAUUAUUUUGACCAUUAGACUAUAGCUGUAUGACUUCCAGGGCUAAGUUAUAAGAAGAACUAAUAUAUUUUCAUACCUUAAGAAUGUCAAAAACUUCCUGAGUUCUUCUAAAGAAACUUCUGUACUGAAUGAACAUGAGAUACUAAGACAUUUAAACGUAACAUGAAUGGAAUUUAAGCAUUAUAGUUUUUUCAGCUGACCUCCCACCUCUACUCUUUACCCAUUCCAGUUCCUUUUAAAUAUGGUUUUAAAUUAAUAUUCUAGUAUACAGCUGAUUGUGUUAUUUUCCUGAUGAAAAACUUUUAGCUACUUUUACCAGAGUUCAAAAUCAUUAGCCAGAUAUUCCAGGUCCCUCAAGAUUUGGUCCCAAAUGAAAUCUGCAUCUUAUUUCUCAUGACCCUCCAACCUUGGGAGUAAGGCCAGUAUUGGUGUGUUAAUACCUGAAGAGUUGGAAUUGAAGGUAAGGAGAGGUAAAUAAAAUGUCAUUAUCAUUCAAAUAAAGUAGUAGUUAUCGCCUUCUGGGUUGAGGCACUAUAUUAGGUGAUAAACAGAGUUUGCAAGAUUUAGUGAGAGGAAAUGUAAAGCCUAGAUCAUAGUAGAUACUCAGUGAAUAUUAGUUUGUAUCCCUUAUGUCUUCACCUGUAUCUUAAAGGAAUUUUUGUAAAACAUUUUUAAAAUGCCUUAUCUCUUCACCUGUAUCUUAAAGGAAUUUUUGUAAAACUUCACUUGUAUCUUAAGGGAAUUUUUAUAAAACA